AUGAGUAGUCGCUACCUCGUCGAGCGGCAUCGCACAGAUCAAGGCGCCUUACUCCUCAUGCAUCGAGUGGUACAAAAGCACAUUCUGAGCCGACUAGAACAGGAACCUAAAGAGUUUCAACAGAUCUUUGAUCUUGCGGUCAAACUGAUUCUCGCGGUGUUCCCAAAGCAGUCACCAGUGCAAACCCCGCAAAAUGACCUGUGGGAGGAGCGGGAGCUCGUCUCUCCGCACGUCCUAAACUUGUGCAAAAUUUUUGAAAAAAACUUGGCAGCUCUGCCUUCUGCUGGAAUCGAAUUCGCGGAGAUGCUCUCCGAUGCAAGUAGCUAUUUCUGGGAGAGGGGACUCUACACAGAAGCAUUCCAAACAAGUGACUCCGCAGAGGCUAUCUGUAGCCGGCUAGGAAACAAUUUGUCCGCGCAGAAAGCCAAUAUCUACGCAAUUGCAGCUGCGAUUCGAGUUGACCAUGGAAUAUCGCAACGCUCGAAUAGCUGGGACAAGUUGAAUAAAGCUCUGCAGAUGCGGCAGUUCCACUUGCAUGUGGUAAAGCCUGAGUUAAUCACAGAUGAAGACAUCACUUGCUGGGGCAACGCAUGGAAUGACAUAGGCUGUGGUCUUAUUGAUCUCGGAUUUUAUGACGUUGCCUUGGAUUUCCUGUUCCUUGCAUGGGAGCAGAAAAGGGCAUCUAUCCUUUGUCAGCAACAGUAUAACCACUUCCCCGAGUCUCCUAUGAAUGUCUCUUUGGCCUUGGCAGGAACAGGCAGAUACAAGGAGUCUAUCGCAUUGAUGUCAGAGACGACGGAAAAUACCGACAGGAAUUUCACCCGGGACUGUGCUGUUGCGCAGCAGGUUCACAUUUCUCUAGCCUCUAUCCUUGUUUCUGCUGGAAGGUAUAGUGACGCGUUUUCUGAGGUCAGGGAAGUUUACGAAAGAAGUAUAAAACUGUUUGGCCUCUCGAGCAGACGAACUUCCGACGCAGCUUAUCUUCUCGCUACCGUGGAACAAAAGCGAGGAAAUAUGGAGAGGGCCAAGUCCAUUCUUGAAAUCACCCUGUCGCGCCUAAACGGCUGGACUAUUGAAGCGGAGGCGCGUGCGAAGUACAGACUGGGAAUUAUCUUAACCCACUUACGGGAAAAAGAUGCUGCAGCGGCGCUGAUAGAAACAUCACAAGAGUCUCUAAGAACGCUUUGGAGUCAGCACGGUGCGCAAUCGAUAAAUUUGGGUCAAUUAGACGAAGAGACAGCCUUCGAUCUACUUGUCUCAACGACGGCUGGAAGGUCAACGCUGGGAAAGACUCUUAUCCGUGGCGAUCCUGGAUUGGGGCCGCUGGCUAUGUUGUGUGGCAAGCUGCUCAAGCAGUUUCGGGCUGAACCCGACAAGUCGCCUGCUAGACUGAGGGAUCUUCUUAACCUUGAGAGCGAGGAUAGUUGGUUAAGGUGGUCAGAUGGUGUCUUUUAA